ACUGAGGUGUAGCGUGUGGCUGAUGUGGUAACACUGAGGAAGGUCAUCAUGGCGGCAGCUGCUCCGCGACCCAUGACAAAAUACCCAGAUGGAUUUGACAAGUGGGUGUGUCUGUAUCCUGCAUAUAUAAAUAAGGAUAAGUCCCGAGCUGAAGGCCGAAGAAUCCCCAAGGAUAAGGCAGUAUCAGCACCAACUUGUAAGGAGAUGCUCGAUGUAUUGUCCACAUCAGGCCUGCAAGUGUUGGGUGAGCGUAAGAUAUAUUGCCGUGAGAAGAGCAAGGAGCCUCCAUAUUGGGGCAGAGUCCGUGUCCAGCUUAAGAAUCAAGUUGGAGAAUCAGUCAAUCCAAAAUUCAGUACUCGUGACGACGUACUGGUAUUUACGGCAGAGAAAAUCCCACAACUAAAAACAAGAACAAACCCCAAACAUAACCAAGACCAACAACAGGGGAAACAGGGCAAAGGCAAGAAAAAGAAGUAAAUUAAUGUAUUUGUCAAUAAAGUUGGAGUACUG